AACGCGACGAGACGCGGACCCGACCCGUCUCUCUUUCUUUCUUUCUCUCUCUCCUGUGUUUUGUCUACCACGUUCUCAACCCACGCCUCGCCUGACUCCCUCUUACUUGUCUCCGCCGCCGCCGCCGCCGACGCCGCCGUCUCGACGGCGACACGGCUGCGUGCCGGGCUGUUACGUAGGCUGCGCCUGCCUGUGAGUCCGCAGGAGCCGCAGUGGGCGGCCGCCGCGCGCCGACCGUAGGUGGGGUUUGUGGACGACCAUGGCGGCGACCGCGGAUCCGAGGGCGAAGCCGCCGACGGCGCACCACCUGAAGCCGUGGGUGCCCACCCCGACGCCUCGUUCCCACCGCGUGCCGUCCUUGCCGGCAGUCUCCGGAGGAGGCGGAGGCGGCGCUAGGCCCGCCCGCGAUCGGCGCCGCUCCUCCUCGUCGUCGUCCCACCGACGGGGCGGCACCACCACCGACGCCGGCGCCGUAGAUGAGGAGGAGGUGGUGGAGGCUUACGACGGCGGGCUAGAGGAUCUACGAGCGAAGCUCAUGGGCCACAUCAAGGACGUCGCCGACCGCCUCCACCUUCCUCAACCGAAGCCGCAGCCUCGGUCGCCGGAGCCCGAGACGCCUCCGGCACCGGCGCCGCUCCCACCGCCUCCGCCUCCUCCACCUGAUACAUCUGUGGCGGCGGCGGCGGCGGCGGCCAGGCCGUGGAACCUUAGAGAGCGGAAGCGCCGUCCCUCGGCCCGCGGUAGCACGGCGGCGUCGCCCACGACGGCGUGGGCGAGACGAGCGGACACCACACGGGGUGGCGGCGAGCGACCGCCGUUCGCGGUGGCACUCGCGGCGGAGGAGAUCGAGGAGGACAUGUACGCCCUGACCGGCGGCCGGCCGCGGCGGCGGCCUCGGAAACGGCCUCGCGUCGUCCAGCGGCAGCUCGAUUCGCUGUUCCCGGGGCUGUGGCUGACCGAGAUCACCGCCGACGCCUACAAGGUCCCCGACGACUAGCACCACCACCCCAGCACCAGCUCCGGCUGGCCAGCCGGCCAGUCAGCUCCACACUUUCUUCAUCACAUCCUCCUAGCUUUAUGAAUUGAAAAGAAAAAUGUAACUAGGUUUAGUGCGUCGAGUUGAUGAUAGGUACCUGUGCUGUGCUUGCAAUGUCCCAUCUUUUGAACUUUCUCCUCCUACGAAAAAAGAUCUGAUCGAUCAGGGCUUUGGUUUCCAGCUGAUGUAUUUAUGCACAGUGGAGCGCAUGUGUGCUUGUAUUGUUGUAAUCUAGUCCUAAUCCAUCAAAAGGCUGCCAUGCCUUGCACUGUACUCGAUCUCUCUUCCAUCUCCCAGGUUACAUGGUUUGGUGA